UUGGAAAGGUGAAUUAGUAUGUGUCUGAUUUAACAUCGAGAGUUAGUCAAAUUAAUACUCUCAAGGAAAAAAAAAAGAAAAAAAAAAAAGAAAAAAGAAUUGGAACAGACUGAUAUAUGCACUUGUACUAUUUGUGUAGCUUUAUUUUACUUCUUUGCUUUGGCUUGAAAACAACGAUAGAUUAAAUACGGUAGGUACAAAAUGUCUUAGGUGAUCUAAUAAAACACGCAAGGAAAACUGAAUAAUCUAAUUCUUAAAUUAAGGAAUCCUAACGAAUAACAAACUGACGGAAAUGAUUAAUUUUAAUUUUAAAAAAAAUGAAGAGAGCAAAUGCAAGUCGAUAUAAAAAGUGACCACCUAACUUCUAGUAGCGAAUAGCGUUGGUUUGAAUAUAAAGGAUGGUUAGGCAUUGCAAAUGCAGAAUAAGCUGGACCUUACUGUACUAAUUUAAUCUUUCAAAAUUAUAUUUAAGGUGUUAAGCAUAUUUAUAAAAUUAAAUCGCUUAUAAUGUAAUUACAGCUGAAUGUGUAUUAUACACGUAACUGGUAACUCAUUGUAAAUACUGAUUAAUUUGGUAUCAUAUGUUAAUCUAUACUAAUAGUGUAAAAAAUUCUAUAUGUCAUCAACAUAUGUAACCUAACCUAAAUCCUUUUAAUUUUAUGUUUUAUUUCUUUUGACUUUGAUUGAUAUUCCAGUACUCCAAGCCACGUCCCAGCAUCAGUGGUCCCUGGUGCUGGAAUGGUCCUUUGAAAUACUUCAAAGUUAACACAAAAUCAAUUUCAUCUUGCCACGUUCUCUUAGGCCUAUUGUCCCCUUCUCUUAUUUCCUAACAAACAUGUUGGCCACGCUUCCUUAUUUCCAGAAUGUAUAACACACAUAAAAUCUGUCCAUUCAUAUGCUCUUGCAAAAUCAAAGGCUAGCAAAAUUUAGAAGCUAACAUUAUCAAACAUGAGGAUGUCCAAGAAGAAUUGGUUUGGCAGUGUCCGAAAGAAACUAUUCAGGUCAUCUCCUCCACAUAAAACUAUCAUUGUUCUUCAUAACAACACAAUUACCACAAGGACCAGCAGUGCCAGACAGUCUAUAAACAACAAUGGCCGCACCUAUUUUAUUUCUAAAGAGGAUAUGGCUGCUAUAACUAUCCAAUCUCACUUUAGGGGUCAUCUUGCAAGACGGGCGUUUAAGGCACUGAAAAGCCUUGUGAGGCUUCAAGCAGUGGUACGUGGGGCAUGUGUGAGAAGACAAGCAAGAAUAGCUCUGCAUUGCAUGCACGCCCUAGCGCGGUUGCAAGUAACUGUCCGAGCUCGGCAACUCCUCAGCAAAUGCAAUGACUCUUGAUAAAGGACCUUUAGGUGACCUGAUAGUCUAAAAAUUAUUUCACACUGUCAGCAUAUAGAAGUUAACAGUCCUGUGCAAAUUUUCGAUGAGUUGCAUCUGAAAAUUGGUCAGACGUUAACCAUCGGAAAGUAAAUGGGGCAAUCAGAUCAUAGGAUUGAGGGAGUACGUACUCAUGAGUGCCUGAACAUGACUUGUAGUCUUGUACCUCUUGUGAUCCUUAGAACUUGAUAAUUGCCACUAACAAAACUGUGUAGUUCUGCUGUU